UUUUUGCACAUUGGGCUCGCAACAUGGCGUUGACUCGCCGAGGGACACGACGGAUCUUCCACCCGCGUUGUUAUUGUUGUUGUUGUUGGGACUACUAGUUGGCGUGGGAGUGGAGGCGCUUCGGAGGUGCUGGGGUGGGAAGCGACCCUUUUAUUUUUUUCUGGAAAAGGGGGACACUCACAAUCAAAACACCAGCGAGAAGACAAUAGCGGACUGACCAGGAGAAAAGCCAAUGGAUUGCAUGUGGCUGUGACGGUAUAGCGGAGUGUGUGUGUGUGUGUGUGCGUGUAUGUGGACGAGAAGACCCACGCUGGUGAAACCCCCCCAAAAAACGCUGUACAUGGCGGUGGAGAGCACCACUUGGAUCAUCUGUGUGCUUUUGCUCUUUUGUGGUUCAUCCAAGCAAGAUAAGCCUGUUUCGGUGGAGCUGAGCUGCGGCGCAGGACCCAGCCAUGUAGUGUUGGAGCCGGGGUCCCCCCUCACGCUGGACUGCAACCUGGGGGCCAGUGACACGCCAUUCAACAUCACCUGGUUACGCGACGGCCAGCCACUCGCUCUGGAGGAGAGCGAUGUCCUGCAGUAUGUCGCCAACCGAUCCCGCCUCUCGCUGCUCACCUCCAAGGAUGGACCGCUUCCACACGAUGUGGAGGGGGGUUACAGCUGUGUGAGUGCCAGUGCACAUGGAGCUCUGACCAGCCGGGCCGUCAAUGUUCACCUGGCGAGUCUGUCCCCCUUCCAUCAGGAGCCUUCGCCUCAAACGGUGCCCGCUGGGGGAUCGGCUCGCUUCCAGUGCUGGAUCGAUGGCAUCCCCACACCUGUAAUUACUUGGGAAAAGGACAGAGUCGCCGUCGUCGAGGACCCAAGGUUCAUUUUCCUUCCUAAUGGGGUGCUCCACAUUCUGGAGGUUACCAAAGAGGAUGAAGGCGCCUACCGCUGUGUUGCAUCCAACUCUGCCGGGAGGGACGUCAGCCAUGAAUCCGAGCUCACAGUCAGCCCAGGCUCUGCAGAAGCCCUGAACAGAGUUGUGAUUGUGACACCACCUCAGAAUGCCACUGUGGUCCUGGGCCGUCCCGCCGUGAUGGAGUGUAUGGCACAAGGCCAGCCCAAGCCGCUGGUGUCCUGGAGCAGACAAGACGGAAAGCCUAUUUCCACCGACGUGGUUGUCCUCGCCACAAACCUGGUGAUUCGGGACACGAGGAGGCACCAUGGGGGCGUCUACGUCUGCAGAGCCAAUAAGGCCCGCACCAGGGAGUUUGUCACUGCUGCUGCUGAGCUACGUGUGUCUGCCCCUCCAGUCAUUCUCCAACCCCCGGAGACAGUGUCCCUAUCCCGGGGAAACACCGCCCGGUUUGUGUGUAACAGCUCCGGGGACCCAGCUCCGGUGCUCCACUGGCUGAAGAAUGGCCAACCCAUCCAGUCGUUCCGGCGAGUCAAGACCCAAAACCCCGGAGUCCUGCUCAUCAACCAGCUGGCCCUGGAGGACGGGGGCUACUACCAGUGCAUUGCUGACAACGGCCUGGGGACUGCAUGCGCCACGGCUAAACUUACAGUCAUUGUGAGAGAGGGUCUUCCCAGUCCCCCUCAACAGCUCUCAGUCACCCCAUUCUCCAGCACCACUGCCCUGCUCGCAUGGGAGAAACCAGAGUACAACUCGGACCAAAUCAUUGGAUACUCUGUGCACUGCCAGCGUGCUGCAGGUUCCGAUAAUGUGGAGUACCAGUUUGCGAUGAAUAAUGACACGACAGAGUACCACGUCAAAGAUCUUCUUCCUCACACUGCCUACACAUUCUUUGUGGUUGCCUACUCUCCCAUGGGGGCCAGUCGCCCUUCCCUACCCGUUACGGUCGACAUGCUUGAGGAUGUACCCAGUGCGCCUCCUCAGCUGUCGAUAGCCAGCACUUCCCCAACAGACAUCAGGCUGAUGUGGCACCCGCUGUCCUCACAGCACAGUCGAGGGGCUGUUACUCGCUAUCGCAUUGAGUACAGUUCCCUGGAUAAAGUGGACACCAUCUUCUCAGUGGUGGUAGCCGGUAACGAGACCCAGUUCACGCUCCGAGAGCUGCAGCCCAACCAGGCAUACAGAUUGAGGAUAGCAGCCGGAACACGUGUCGGCUUCGGGGUCCCAUCAGAGUGGGCUCAGCACCAAACCCUGGCUCAUUACAACCACACCAACCACCGCAUGAUGAUAUUCGCUCCAACUGAGCUGAAGGUCAGAGCCAGAGUGAACACGCUCAAUGUCACAUGGCAUCCCACGCCGAAUCACACGGCCAUCUCCGGCUACAAACUCUCCUGCCGAGAGGUGGAUGCUGAGCAGUCAGCCAAUGGAAGGAAGACGACGCAGACUCACAUCGUUAGGCUUCGGAAGAAGGCCAGGUAUCAUCUUCUUACUGGGCUGGUCCCUGACCAGCAGUAUGAAGUGAGAGUUUGGGCUUUCAACAAGCAAACAGAUGGAUCAGCUGCAGUGUGGAAAGGAAGGACAGAAAAGGCGGAUAAAGCAUCAUCACUGCCCAUGCGGCCACCUCCCUUACCCCCGAGCAGCAUUCAGGCCACGGCCAACAGCUCCACUUCCAUCCAUCUGCGUUGGGAGAAACCGCGCUUCAGCACGGUGCGCAUUAUCAACUACACGGUGCGCUGCAGCCCGGCUGGGACCACCAACGCCUCCCUGGUCACCUACCACACCAGCGCCGCUCAGGAGAUCCUGAUCGGGGCCUUGAAGCCCUUCACCCGCUACGAGCUGGCAGUGCAGUCCAAUGGAGUGGAUGGAGUGGGCCCAUUCACCAGCACAGUGGAGGAGUCCACCCUGUCUGACCGGCCUUCCUCGCCUCCGGAUGAGCUGCGGUUGAGCGCACUCGAUUCAUCCUCAGUGCUGGUGAGCUGGCGCCCUCCACUGGAGCCCAACGGUGUCAUCAUCAGCUAUAGGAUCUUGUACAGCGGCAACUUCAGCCUGCCUGAGGACAUGUGGAAAAACCUUUCCCAGGAGGGGAGCAUUACCAGUGUUGUGGUGCGCGGUUUGUCCAGUGGCAGCCAUUACUUUUUUAGGUUGGGAGCAUCCACUGAGGUGGGGCCCGGGCCUUAUUCGCUUGUAAAGGAUGUUCACACGCACCCUCACCAAUACGAGCUUGACAUCCAUGCAGUGACAGGAAUCAUCGUUGGCGUGUGUCUGGGUCUCAUAUGCAUCCUCCUCUGCAUGUGUUUCAGUUUCCGCAACACUAAAACCAGGGGGGUGUCUGGCAGCCUGGACUCCACUGCUGCAACUCCCCAUUACAAAAGAGGGGGCUACCCCAGCGCUGCUGAUGUGCCAGAGUGCAGCGAUAGCCACGAGCUAGAAACGCUAAUGCCCUCCGCAGGCCAAGAAUGUAACCAGUCGUCAGCAGGACCCCCGGAGGAGCAGAGCCUGAUGGCGAGUGCCAACACCGGCGAUGGAGGAGACGCCCCCACACCUGAACCCAAGGUCAAAAUGGAAGCAUAUGGGGCUGCUUGGAACGGCUCUGUGAGUCAUAACUGGGCCAACAGAAUCACUCGGUAUCGAGACACCGUCACUGAAGACUCCCAAGGAUUCAUGGCUGGAGGUGUCAACAUAACAAACGACAACUUGACGGAUGGUCCAUCCCUGUGCAGUAACCAGGUGGAGGCGGAGGUUAUCGUCCACUCAGAGCUGUCCAAUCCAGAGAGCGUGCAGGCAAAGGAGGACCGUGGCCGUGCGAGGGACUCCAAAGCCACCUGUGGACCUUCAUUACCAGAGGACAGCUAUUUGCCUCUGGGCCGCCUGAGCCUGUCAGCAGAGGGGAAGUCUCCUCCUGACAAACAUUCACUGGCACGCAGCCCGCAGAGUCUCCCCUCUAUAAAUUUGCCAAUGAACCACAACGGGGAGCUGGAAGACGACGGGACAGAUGCGGGUCACGCUGAGCCAAAGCAGGACUCGGGGCUAACUAAUGGCUUCCAUUCCCCGAAGACACUACCGCCUGUGAUGAAGUCAGGGGAAAACGGGGACGUUAGACACUGCCCUUCCGCAUCUGCAAAAACCAUCUCUGGGAGCCUUUCCCCUGCCCCCUUUGUCAGUUCUGGCCUGGUCCACUCUACCUCAGUAGCACACACUUACCUGUGUCCCUAGCCACUGCAUGCCAGACAUGUUGGACGCAUAAGAGAUGAUUGUCUUGAUGCACCUCAUUGUUGGAUUCUUUUCUUUUCUACCUUUUUUCAUACGUGAUAUAGUAUAUUUGUAGAGCUGGUGUUAUUGUGGUACGCAUUGCAACCAUACAUUCCUCCGAGCUGUGAAAGACAAGCUGUCAGCGGCACAUAGAGGUGCUGGUCCACUUGACCUCUAUCUAUUGACCUGACGGUGGCGCUAAGGAAUUAGCCUCAAGAGUGUGUCUCUCUCCAGUCUCGUGCUGUCUCAGGGUCACAAUACUGGAAUGUGCCAUCGUAUCUCACAUCACACAACACGUGUCGCUGUGUGACAUUUGUAAUUCUGCAGUUUAGCAUUUUAGAGAUUGGGAACCGUCUGUUGUUUUUGUUUUACAAAGGAGUAUUAGGGCCAUUUCGGAAAGAAAAAAAAGUACGAUUACAGGAAUAAUGUUGUAAUAUUACAUGAAAAAAGUUGUCUUUAUGUAAAGGGACAAACAGACCGUAAUUAAUCCAAGUGUGUGAAUGGAAAGACAAAAAAAACAGCAAUUUUGAUGAUUUUGCUAGAUUUUUCAAGGCACACAAAAUAUUUUCUUAGGGCUAUAUAGUCAUGGAAAGAUUCAUACAUUGGUAAGUUUCAGCAAAAUAUCACUUCUCAACACAAAAAAAUGACUUUAUUUUCAUAGUAUAACUGUUUUUCUUGAGAAAUUACGACAUUUUACCUGUAAUAUUACCACUUUUUCCCCCCACUGUGGCCCUAAUACUUUAUUUUUUUUACAUGAUGUGCCAUUUUUGAGAAGAAAGUCUUAUGAUGAGACAUUACAGCCGCAUAUGUGUAGACGGGUCACAGUUAGGGUUGCAUCAGUGUCUUCUCCACUUAUGUUCAAUUUUAUACUCGACUCAGUUUGUGUGUUGAAUCGUUCGCGUGUGACCUCCCCCUGUGCAUAGACCCGGUCAGCCGUGUCGAAUCAGUGGCGGUGACGUCGUUCAUUCCGUUCACAAAAAAGAACUAGUUCUUUUGACCCGUUCGUUCAUGACUGACAUAGACAUAGACUUUCUUUAUUGUCAUUUAUUGGCACAAAAACACAGCAGUGAAAUUGCCAACAAAAUGUUGUUGCCUGGCUCCUGUGUAAGAAUAAAUAAUAAACAACAAAUAAUAAAUAAUGAAUAAUGAAUAAUGAAUAACGAAUAAUAAAUAAUAAUGUGGAGAAUAAAUAGAUGACAUCAAAUAUGAACAAUGUACAGUGUAAACAGUAAUUUGGAACUAGCAUACUAGGUUCGUUCACAAAAAAACUAUUUCUUUUGACCCGUUCGUUCAUGAACGACACACCACUAGUAUUGUAGGUUAUCAAGUGAAGACACCGGAGACGCUAAGUUACAGUUACAGCUUCCGACCCUAAUAUAUAUAUAUAUUUUACAUGAGGUGCCGUUUUUGAGAAGAAAGUCUUAUGUUCAAUUUUAUACUCGACUCAAUUUGUGUGUUGAGUCGUUAGCCUGUGAUCAGUGAGUCAGUGGUGGUGACGUCGUUGAAUUCCGUUCACAAAAAAGAACUAGUUCUUUUGACCCGUUCGUUCAUGAACGACACACCGCUAGCAUAGUAGGUUAUCAAGUGAAGACACCAGAGGUAGGCUAGAAGCUAUUGCUGCUGUAUGUUAUCCAAUGAGACGCUAAGUUACAGUUGCAGCUUCUGACCGGAUGGUGGCGGUAAUGUGUCAGUCAGUUGUUUAACAAGCUCACAGACUGCCGGAACAAGACAUUCAACUAGCAAUGGGGAAGUUUUUAAAACGAAAAAAUGAAGAUGAAAGUAGUUCAAGCCCCCCCUAAAAGACUACAUUUUUAUGUAAGUACAAUCCUGACUUCAUCAAGUACGGCUUUGGGGGAAAUAAUUGAUACAUUUGUUGUAAAAAAAAGAGACCACUGGUGCAUCCCGUCUCCUUGUCAACGACGCUACCUCGUUUCUUUUUCAGGUUUCCAGUGUGGUUUCAUUGCCAAUGUAGCUAAUGUUAUUUUUUUCUCAAUGUUUCUAAUUUUUGUUUUCAACCACAAAUCGAUGUCUUAUGCUUUGUUGUAGAAAAGUUUUCCGUAGUUCAUUGCUGCCUGUGUUUUUGGUCCACCGAGUGGGAUAUUUCCUACACUUCCUUGCUGUCUGGAAUGCAGCAUAAUUCCAAGUUGACAUGAAAACGACAGUAGAAUGUAUCAUCUACUGGAAAAAUAAUGCAUUUUGUGUUUAUGCCACCUGCAGGCAGGUUUUAAUAGGUUUAAUAUGUAAUUUUAAAUUGAGAAAAACAAAUUGACUGCAAAAAUGGCCACUCCUUGCCUGCAGGUGGUGCUAAGUGUCAUGUUGGCUUCACUGGUGUCCAUUCAUAGUCAUUGCAAGUGCUUCUCAAUGCACCGUUGAUACCUCAACCACAUAUAAUGCAUGUACAUCCCCAGUUAACUUUUAUUUAAAGUGGUAGGAGUUAAACAAGUACAAAAAAAAAGAAUGUAUUCAGUACCCGGUGGUGGUCAGACAUCAGUUGGAGGCUUUUUAGGGGUCACUUAGCAAGCGUUGUCAUGUCAUGAUGCUUCAACUCUUUAGCCUAUCAUUGUCGGUCAAUAGUAUCCCAUUUUGGGUCAAUAAUCCAUGAUACCUUCAGGGCAUAGUUGUUAUGUGCAACAUUCAUUAUUUUGUUUGGUGUAGGCUUUGGUUUUUUGUUACUACACAAAACUUUAAACCUCAACCAAGGCUUUCAUGCAGUUUUUAAGACGUUAGCAAGUGUCAUACAAUGUCCGUACGCGUCAGGAUGUCACAUGGUGUCUGAUCUCCUUCUAAGAUCCUAUUUCCUGUGAUGGGACUUCACAUUGUUACUCUUCUUAUUUUGCAGUGUGAGAGCCCGGAAACUGACUAAGUCUAGAGGGACAAAAACGCCAGGGACGUCCUCUCCUCAGUGCAGUUCCGGGAUUUAAUUUGUUUAUUUGUUUGGGUUUCUUUUAGAAAUAAUUGUCCUCUUUGAAGUUUACUAGGACCAUACUGAAAUGAAAAAAAAAAUAGUAAUAAUAAUAAAUGUCAAUCUACAUGAAAAAUAUGGUGGGGUUAAUAUAUAUAUUUUAUAUAAUUAUAUUCCAUAUAAUAUUACAACAUAAUUCUCAUAAAAUUACCAAAUUUUUGGUAAUAUUUAUACUUCAGUCUUCAGAUAUUCUGACUUUUUUACUGAAAAAAAUUAUAUUGUUUUUUUUUCUCCAAUAUUAUUACAUCAUUAUUGUAAAAUUAUGUAAAAUUAAAUAUAAAAUUCCAACUUCAUUCUUUUGAAAAUGAAUGAAAUUAUGAUAUUUAUUUGACCUUUUUAUUGUAAUAUUUCAAAUUAAACAAAUCUAGGCUUUUCUUUCAUUGAUAGCAACAUAUUUAGUCAUAUUAUUUUACAUCAUAAUCGCAUCUGUUUAUACAAUAGAUUUAGGCGUUUUUGCUUAAAAAUAAUAUUUAUAUUUAGAAAAUAUUUAAGUUGUACUUUAUCUGUCAAGAAAUAAACAAGAAAUAUUUGAAGACAUAAGGUGAUUGAAUACCUUGUGAAAAACAAGCUAAAGUAUCACAAAGUUCCCUUUUUAUUCAGAAAGUGUAUUUUCAGUAACACAUUGCAGCCUAGGACUUUGGUUUGCCACCAGCUGCUUAUAAUGAUCAGACUUGUAGUUUCCAAAAAAAAAAAAAUUUCUGCACCGUUCAUAAAAUGUCUAUACACUCAUUCAUAUAAUUGGAUAAUUAUUUUUAAAAACUGCUUAUUAUUGGAUGGCUUUAUUCUUAUAAAUAUUGCCUCUUUUUGUCCUGAAAUUUAUUUUCUUUUCGAUUAGAUUUUUUUAAGUAAUAGAAAUUAUAUUAUUAUAUAUUAUAUUUUUAUAUAAUAUUAGUAUUACCCUAAAAACUUAUGACUCAUAAUAUUACAACUUUUUGUGUACUUUACAAAUUUACUGUCAUAGAAUUCUGACUUUUUCUAAAGUUCUGAACAAAGUAAACUUCCGAUUUCUGCAAAAUGACAACUUUUACGAGUAAGAGUAAUUCUAACAAAAUGGUUAAAUUGUUUUUCAUAUAUUACAGCUAUUCUCAUAAUAAUUGUUCGUGCAAAAUGAUGACUUUAUUCUCACAAAAUCACCUUUUGACUUUUUAUUCCUGAUAGUGUGACUUCAUUCUUGAAAGGUCCAAUGUAUUUCUCACAAUAUUUAUUUAUUUUUUCCAUAUAAUUCUGACUUUAUUCUUACAAUGGUAUCGCUUUAUGGUAUUGUAUUUUUUAAUCCUUUCAGUAUGGCCCUAAUACAUCUUUGUAUUUUUCUUGUCAUGCUCGGGUACCCUUCAUAUUUGCAUACUUCAUCCUCAUCCAUUUUCUCAAGUAGGAAAGUAAAGUGCCGUGCAGCGCUGGUGUCAAUGUGUUCUUUUGUACAGCGGUGUGUGUGAAUCAGUGUGUACAUUUCUGGUGCUGUGUGGUGCUCGGCCUUGUCCCUGUCUCGUCAUCGUUGUCGAAGUUUCUUCAAUCCCAACGUGUCGGUCAGUAGCGACUCGCUGAUGAUCCAACUCGAGUCUACUUGACCUCUUGUUGAUCAGCAUGGGACUCUCAUCUUUACAUGUCUUCAAGUGGAGCUCACUUAAAGGGACAGGACACGGCUUUGCUGGUGUUAUUGUCAUGGCGACCAUGGCCAUAAUCAAUGAGUUAGAGACGUCCAUCUUGUUAUCAAAUGUCACAAAUGUUGCUGUUCUUGUAAAUAAAC